CCAAAAUGGGUCAUCUGUUGCUGUUUUUUGCUUUUUUUUUAUGUCUUUCAACUUUUGUGAGUGCUGACUUUUUGAUAGAAGCCAUAAGAAACAUCCAGAAACGGAGUACUCAAGAGCCUGGUGGUAAAAUAGAGAUCUACAGUGUAAAUAUUGACAGUAAAGUGACAUCUCGCUUUGCACACAAUGUUAUUACAAGCAGAGCUGUUAAUCGAGCCAACAAAUCACAAGAAAUAUUCUUUGAUGUGGAUCUGCCCAAAACAGCUUUCAUCACAAACUUCAGCAUGACAAUUGAUGGCGUAACAUAUGAAGGAGUAAUUAAGGAAAAGGAAGCUGCUAAACAACAGUAUCAAAAAGCCGUAUCACGCGGACAGACAGCUGGACUUGUCAAGGCCUCUGGUAGGAAGACAGAGAAAUUUACGGUGUCAGUCAAUGUGGCAUCAGAGAGCAAAGUGACAUUUGAAUUGGUCUAUGAAGAACUGUUGAAGCGCAACCUAGGAAAAUAUGAAAUGUUUAUUAAGGUGAAGCCAAAGACACUUGUCAAUAAAUUCAAGAUUGACAUUGAUAUAUAUGAGCCGCAAGGAAUUACGUUUUUAGAUGCGAAUGCAACAUUUGUAACAAAUGACUUAUGGCCAGUGAUUCAAAAAUCCUUUUCUGGAAAUAAGGGUCAUAUCUCCUUUAAUCCAACAAUUGACCAGCAGCGCUCAUGUCCAGAUUGUGAAACUACUUUGCUGGAUGGAGAUUUUACUGUUACAUAUGAUGUCAAUAGAGACUCCGCUGGAAAAUUACAAGUUGUAAAUGGAUACUUUGUACAUUAUUUUGCUCCUUCCAAGCUCCCAGUGGUGCCAAAAAAUACAAUUUUUGUAAUUGACAGAAGUGAUUCAAUGUGGGGUCAAAAUAUGAAUCAGACAAAAGAAGCCCUUCUUAAAAUACUACAAGACAUAAAAGAGCAUGAUCACUUUAAUUUUAUAUCAUUUGAUGAAGAGAUAGAAGUAUGGAAAGAGAAGUUAAUGCCCGCCACUGCACAGAAUGUUGAAGAGGCUAGAAAAUUUGUGAACUCUAUUUUUGCGCGGGGUAUGACAAACAUCAAUGACCCUUUAAUGAAAGCGAUUGAACUGCUGAAUAAUGCACAUGAAUUAAAAGAGGUACCGGAAAGAUCAACAUCUUUAAUCAUCCUUCUGACUGAUGGUCAGGCUAAUGCAGGUGAAUCGUAUCCGCCAAGAAUUCAGCAAAAUGUAAAAAAGGCUGGCCAAGGAAAAUAUACACUAUAUUCUCUUGGUUUUGGUACUGGUGUUGACUAUAAUUUUCUGGAAAAACUGGCUCUAGAAAAUUCAGGUGUAGCACGUCGAAUUUAUGAGGACUCUGAUGCUGCGUUACAGAUGCAGGGAUUUUAUGAUGAAGUAGCAACUCCUACGUUGGUGAAUAUUCAACUGCAGUACCCUGAAAAUGCCAUAUCAGAUAUCACACAAAACAACUAUAGAAACUACUUUGACGGUAGUGAAAUUGUGGUUGCUGGACGUAUUACAGAUAAUGAUCUGAACACAUUUACUGCAGAUAUAAAGGCUGAAGGAGCAAAUGAUUUAAUAAAAUAUACAGAAAAUAUAGACCUCCAGAAUAAGGAUGAUGCUCUGAAACAACAGGAAUAUAUAUUUGGGGACUACAUAGAGAGACUUUGGGCAUAUCUUACUAUCCAACAGUUGCUAGAAAAACGAAUUUAUGCUGAUCCAUCAGAGAAGCAAAAUUUAACAGAAAAAGCCCUUGAACUAUCGCUGAAAUAUAAAUUUGUGACUCCGUUGACAUCAAUGGUUGUUACAAAGCCUGAAGAAAAAGAAGAUGAGCUGUUGAUAGCUGAUAAAUUUGUGGAAGGUCAGUCUGAGCGUUAUCAACUCAUCGAUAGCCUUGUUCAAAGUCUACCUUUAUAUCCAUAUGUUCCCAGUUAUCCUACAAGCUUUGUUGAUUCUGACCCUCACUUCAUUAUUCGAGUGCCAAAGAAGAAUGACUCUCUCUGCUUUAAUAUCCAAGGGAAGGAAGGCAUGGUGUUCAGUCUUGUAAAUGACCCAACACUAGUUGAUUCUGACCCUCACUUCAUUAUUCGAGUGCCAAAGAAGAAUGACUCUCUCUGCUUUAAUAUCCAAGGGAAGGAAGGCAUGGUGUUCAGUCUUGUAAAUGACCCAACACUAGGUAUUGCAGUAAAUGGGGAACUUAUUGGAAACAAGAAAACAAAAAACUCUUCAUUGUCAUCAAAUGAAACCUACUUUGGAAAACUUGGUAUUGUUAAUAAAGAAAUGGAUUUGUACAUAGAAGUGAAUACUCGGUUAAUCACCAUUAAUAAGGGCAACAAGAAGAUGUCUUUCUCUUGGCUUGAAACCGCAUCUAUCAGUGAGGGAAGCCUAAAUGUGUUGAUCAACAAGAAAAAGAACAUGCUAAUUUCUAUGGGAGAAGGAGGAACAUUUGUAAUUAUUCUACAUAAGGUUUGGAUAAAUCAUCCUCUGCACAAGGAUUUCUUGGGAUUUUAUACCUUGGACAACCAUAUGUUUUCACAAAAAGCACAUGGACUUCUAGGACAAUUUUUUCAUGGCAUUGACUAUGAAGUUUUUAACAUUCAUAAAACAUCAGAUUCUGCAAAACCGGAUGCUUCAAUGAUUGUAAAAAAUAAGCUGCUGACAGUGACAAGGGGUAUACAAAAGGAUUACAGAAAAGAUCCCAGGAACGGCAGUAAAGUGCCAUGUUGGUUCAUUCACUAUAAUGGAGAGGGUCUGAUUGAUGGAAAUUACACAGACUACAUUGUUCCAAGCAUAUUCAGCAUUCAAUAAUAUAGGAUUUGUUUUUUUGGUAAACCAGAAUUCAUGUUAGUCAUAGAAUUAAGCUAUAUCUGCUUGUUCCUUUUCUUUCUCACACUUACUAUUUCAUAGGAGCCAUAAUUCUAAAUCAUAAAAUUUAAAUGCAGGUGAUAACAUCACUUAUUUCUUACCUGAAUUACUGUAAAGCCUUUAAUAACAGAAAUGCUUAAGCCCCAUGAAAUAAAUAUGUUUGUCUCUAAUAAAACAUUAUAUCAAGAAG